AUGUCAGCGACUGGCGAUGCGUUUUGCGCAGGUGAUGGUCAGGGCGAUUGCACGCCAAGCCAUCGGCAAACCGCCGAUUCGUCAAACGGAGGGCAGAGCGAGCAAGAUGCGAUCGUGCAUUUCGAUUGGGAGCCUGGGCAGGUGCUAAAUCGAAGGUAUCGACUGGACUCUCUAGCUGGCGAAGGGACAUUCGGCCGAGUUUGCCUGGCCACCGACACCACAAAGAAGCGCCAGGUCGCGAUCAAGAUCAUUCGCGACGUCAAGCAGUUUAGAGAGGCUGCACAAGAGGAGGCAGAGGUCUUGGCGACCAUUUGUGCAGCUGACCCGUGGGGGCAGUUUCGUUGCUGCUGGAUGCACACUUCCUUCCUUCACGACUCCAGGUUCUUCUGCAUGGUCCUUGAACCUUUGGGCAGCAGCCUGUACGAGUUCAUCAAAAAGAACGACUACAGAGGGUUUUGGCUUCAGGACAUUCAGAUCAUUGCAAAGCAGCUCUUGUAUGCCCUGAACUUCUUGCAUACGAAGAUGAGGUAUACCCAUACGGACUUGAAGCCAGAGAACGUCAUGCUGACCAGCAUGGAGCCUGCAAGGCCGGAGUGGUUUCCAAGGGAGGACUUCUGCGAGGGCGACGAAGUGCGGCGCAAGAAGAAGAGGAGUCGCCCCCAGUACGUGCGACCACGUGGUGCGGGCAUCAAGAUCAUCGACUUUGGCAACACGGUUCGGGAACAUGAUCGCCGCGAUAAAACCAUCAACACGCGGCAGUAUCGCGGGCCCGAGGUCAUUUUGGAGCUCGGCUGGGAUGAGAAGUCUGAUAUUUGGUCAGCUGGCUGCAUCCUCAUGGAGCUGUACACUGGUGAGAUGCUCUUUGGUACCCAUGAGAGCAUGGAACACCUGGCUCUUGUGGAGCGGAUCCUUGCUCCGCUGCCUUCGACAAUGAUUCGGCGUUCCCCCCAUCGCGAUCAUGUCAACAAUAGUCCGAUGUUCAAGAAGCUCCGUACUUCAAAAGAGGAGAGUCGAUGGGUAUUGAAUUGGCCUGCCGGGGCAUCAUCUGAUGCUUCCAUUCAGAAGACCACCUUCACUUCUGCAGAGAAGGACAAGCGUGCUGAUGGCACGAAGACCAUCCAUGGCUUCUUCAUAACGACGACGGUCCUUGGCCAGGGGUCCUUUGCGAAAGUGAAGCUGUGCAUGGAGCAGCUGACCGGCACGGAGUUUGCCAUCAAGGUUUUUCGGAAACUGCCUCUGCGCCGAAAGCGAGAAUUUACUCGCUCCGAUGAUGGUGAAGGCAUGAAAGUCCGCACCGUGCUGGACAAGGUUUACGAUGAGAUUGCCUUGAUGAAAACAGUCUCACAUCCCAGAUGUGUUCAGCUGCAUGCAAUUCUCGACGAAUCGGCCUCGAAUGGCAAGCUGUACGUGGUGCUGGAGUACAUGCGCGGUGGUCCAUCUAUGGAGUGGGAUGAGUCGGAAUGCUGCUUCCAGGCGCGGGCCGGCCAGAUCACCGAGCAGGUGGCGCAAAGAUUCAUGCGCAAUACCCUGGAAGCCUUGGACUACUUGCACCAACAGUUGAUCGCUCACCGGGACGUGAAGCCGCAGAACCUCCUGCUCGAUGGGCUCGGUGGCUUGAAGCUGGGAGACUUCGGGGUCGCGACUCGGAUGCCGGAUGACUACGUGGUCCAGGGUACUGAAGGCACUUAUCAUUUCUUCUCGCCCGAGAUGUGUGCCAGUGGCUACAAGGGCCUGUGGGACUUGGUGGUCUGGGGGGAAUUUGCAUGCUCUUGCUCUUGCUGGCAAAAGCGGCAGGAUCUGCCCGCUUUGCUUGACACGAUCGCGAUGGGCACCUACGAGCUUCCCCCAUGUGACUAG